CUUCGUCACCGCCACAGGGGAAAAUGAGAGAAAUCCUUCAUGUUCAGGGAGGACAAUGUGGGAACCAGAUCGGUUCCAAGUUCUGGGAGGUUGUUUGCGACGAGCAUGGCAUAGAUCCAACGGGGAGGUAUGUAGGGAACUCCGAUCUACAAUUGGAGCGCGUGAAUGUGUACUACAACGAAGCUUCUUGCGGAAGGUUCGUUCCACGCGCCGUCCUUAUGGACUUGGAGCCUGGCACCAUGGACAGCGUCCGCACCGGUCCUUACGGCCAGAUCUUCCGACCGGACAACUUUGUUUUCGGUCAGUCCGGCGCCGGAAACAACUGGGCGAAGGGACAUUACACUGAGGGCGCUGAACUCAUUGACUCUGUUCUCGAUGUCGUUAGAAAGGAGGCUGAGAAUUGCGAUUGCCUUCAAGGGUUUCAGGUGUGUCAUUCGUUGGGUGGUGGAACGGGGUCUGGGAUGGGAACACUUUUGAUUUCGAAGAUCAGGGAGGAGUACCCUGAUAGGAUGAUGCUCACUUUCUCCGUCUUCCCUUCCCCUAAGGUCUCUGAUACUGUCGUGGAGCCUUACAAUGCUACUCUCUCUGUUCAUCAGUUGGUGGAGAAUGCUGAUGAGUGCAUGGUUCUUGAUAAUGAGGCCCUCUAUGAUAUCUGCUUCAGGACUCUCAAAUUGACCACUCCUAGCUUUGGUGACUUGAACCACCUGAUCUCAGCAACCAUGAGUGGGGUGACUUGCUGCCUUCGUUUUCCGGGUCAACUCAACUCUGACCUUAGGAAAUUGGCUGUGAAUCUGAUCCCAUUCCCUCGUCUGCACUUUUUCAUGGUUGGAUUUGCGCCCCUUACCUCACGUGGCUCCCAGCAGUACCGUGCAUUGACUGUCCCGGAACUGACCCAGCAAAUGUGGGAUGCCAAGAACAUGAUGUGUGCUGCUGAUCCUAGGCACGGUCGGUACCUCACGGCAUCGGCCAUGUUCAGGGGUAAGAUGAGCACCAAAGAAGUGGAUGAGCAAAUGAUAAAUGUCCAGAACAAGAACUCUUCCUACUUUGUUGAGUGGAUCCCCAAUAACGUUAAGUCAAGUGUCUGUGACAUUGCUCCUAAGGGACUCUCCAUGGCAUCCACCUUCAUUGGGAACUCAACUUCCAUUCAGGAAAUGUUCAGGAGAGUGAGUGAGCAAUUCACUGCCAUGUUUAGGAGGAAGGCUUUCUUGCAUUGGUACACUGGGGAAGGUAUGGAUGAAAUGGAAUUCACAGAAGCUGAGAGCAAUAUGAAUGAUCUCGUGUCUGAAUACCAGCAGUACCAGGAUGCCACUGCUGAGGAGGAAGGAGAAUAUGAAGAUGAGGAGGAAGAGGAACACGAGCAGAUGUGAAGGGGCUGAAUAAAGAAAGUACUAGGCUGAUAUCUCCUACUUAUUGCAUUAUACUAUAUGAUGCGUAAGUGUGUUUUUCUCCUCUCUCCUACAUGAAGAUUGUAAUUAGUAUGUUUUUGAGGGAUACUGGUGAUGAGCCUGAUGUGGAGAAUGGAAAUUGUGUGUUUUCUUUCUCCAUAAUAUUGCAGGCAAUAGAGGGUAAUGGAAGUGGGAGUUUGGGUACAUGUUUUAAAGUAGUCAUGCGGCACCUAUCUGUUUGUUCUAUAUUGUCUUUGUUUGUUAUUUCUAUCUGGUACAUUGGAUUAUGGUUGCGUAAUAUUUUGUU